CCUUUGUUUCCAAUCGAAUAUAGUUAAAACUCUUUCGUUCCUCUGUUUCUUCAUGAACUCGUGUGGUGACUCAACCUUCAGUUCUUCAUCCAGUAAUAUACGUUCCACAGCAACAGAAGCAGCAACCAAUAUGAUCACUCUUCAGGGCCUGAACAAUACUAACAACAGUUAUCAUACUUCCAUCAACAAUAAUGAUAAUACAACCAUGGCUUUACCAAUAUCUUCUUCCAACUAUACUCGUAGACGUGAAACUGAAGAACAAUACUUUGAAAACUAUUCUUCUGCUUCUGACCUCUCGUCCUUACAUCCUCAUACUUUGACCGCCCCACCUCCUUCACCUCAAGAUCCUUCACCUUUGGAUGCCUUAUUUUCUCAGCAUUUGACUUCUAAACUACAACAGGCUGUUAUCUAUACCAAUGGAAAUAGUACGAACAAUAAUAUCAACAAAUUAUCCACAACUCCUUCCGCUCAUCGUCAUCCAACCUCUUCUUCAUCAACCAUUACUCUGGCGACUUUGUUUCCAGAAUACAACACCGCCAACAAUAUGGACAAAGUCGGUGUACCUUUGUCAACAUCACCUACAAAUACUUCACUAAAUGCUGAACAAUUACUACCAGCAGUGAUGAUACCAGGAGCUUUGCCUCUUAGCUGUACAACAACUUAUGGUCACCAUCAUUACGCUUCUUCUAACAAUGCGGCAAACAAUCGCCAAGGCGGAGGUGUGGAUCCACAACAGCUGGACUUUUUACUUCGACGAGUAUCUCGAAUUCGUAAACAAUAUCCAAACUCUCAUCAGCGCCACAGUCAGCGUUCCAAUACGCAGUCGCAACUUCAACAGUCAGCAUCGAAUACAGGGACUUGUCGAGCAACCAAACGUAUUGGAGGUUUUUACAAACGACCGUCUCGAAUUCCACUUUACUCAAAGAGACUUCAAAAACAACAAAAGCAAUCAAAUAACAAAGGUUUCAGGAUGGAUCAAGAUAAUACUGAAGAACAACAAGAACAGCAAAAACAUACUUCAUUAGCAACUUUAUCAUGGAAGGAAAAUGCAAAACGACAAAAACAAGAAGCUAUUUCAACUGCAGUGAAGAAUUGGCAACAACUGAAACAAUAUCGACAGGAUUUAAUGACUGAUAUCAACAAUGGUAACGAUAUCUUAUUCUCCAAUAUCAAUAGCAACAAUCCAACUACAGCUCUCAAGAACAUCAAGACACAAGAAGAAGUGGAUCGCAUUGUUCAUGAUUUACAAGAUAUGGGUCUUUAGUUUUUUUUUUUUUUUUUAAACGUCCCUUUGCUUUAUCUAUAUAUUUUUUUAUCAUAUAUAUCAUUAUUAUUCUGCAUGUACAUUUAUCAUAUCAUUAUUAUACUUUUAUUCUUCUUCUUACAUUAUCAUUGUAAAUAGGAUAAGAAAACAUAGUAUGCUCUUAUCAUUAUUCUAAAUCAAAAUAAAAUAUCAAUUAGGAUGAGAGUGAACGGAAACUAUUCUUUCUCUCUCCUCUCUCUCUCUCU